AUGACCUCGUCAGCACUCCCAUCCCAGUCAGCUGCCGAAGCAGCCGCCAAACUGGCCGCUGCAGCCGACGCUGAGGCAGAGGCCUACGAGUCGACUCACGUCCAUGGCGUCUAUGAGGCGAUAGCAUCACACUUCUCUGCCACUCGCUACAAGCCCUGGCCUGCUGUGGCAUCCUUUCUGCGCGCCCUGCCCCCAGGCGCUGUUGGGUUUGAUGUAGGCUGCGGGAAUGGGAAAUACUUGGGUGUCAACCCAGACGUCGUCAUGAUCGGCUCCGACCGGAGUCCUUCCCUCAUCGCUCUGGCAAAAAGCCGCGUCAAGCAGAUCCAGAGCGUCCGUCCAUACCCAAACCAACAAAACAGUGUCGCACGAACGGGAGGGGAGAUAACCAGCAGCCCCAAUAACAGUACUCCGGCUGUUGGGACAGAUGUUCUUGUUGCCGACGGGCUACUUCUUCCCUUCCGCGAACGGACGGCCGAUUUUGCCAUCUGCGUGGCCGUCAUCCAUCACAUGUCGACCCGCGCCAGGCGACAAGAAGCCAUCCGGCAGCUACUCAGGUGUCUCAAACUCGACGGCCAGGUGCUGUUGUACGUCUGGGCGCUGGAGCAGGGCACCAGCCGGCGUGGCUGGGACGAAGGGAGUGAGCAAGACUUACUCGUGCCGUGGGUUUUGAAGAACAACCAGCCAAAUACGCAGAAGCAACAACAACACCAGAAAAAGGGCUCCUCCCAGAAAAAUCAGGCCGAGAACGCUCUCACUGGUUCUGCCGGGAUGAGUAGGAGCCCACCGACCCCCGGCGCUCCACCUCCAGCAGAGCCGGCAGCCACAGCACCCGGUCAGUCCGAUCCUGUCUUCCAGCGGUACUACCACUUGUACCGCAAGGGAGAACUGGAAGAGGACGUGCUGGCUGCUGGCGGUGUUAUUAUCUCAAGUGGAUAUGAGAAAGAUAACUGGUGGGUGGUGGCUGCCAAUAAGGGCGUUCAUCACGCAGGAUAA